AGAGGAGGAGGAGGAGGAGGGGAAAAAGGGAGGUGAGAGGCUAUUUUUAUCUUUCAUUCAGCCAGGCCCAAACCAGAGUCACAGUGACAGAGACCCUCUCUGCUUCUGGAUCUCUCUUUCCUCGCCCUGCUAGAGAAACUUCUGGAGCGUCCAACUUUGGCUUUAAGACCAGGAGAGCUCACCGGGUCCCUGGAGGAACAUUACCAGAAACUGCAGAGUUCAGAAGAAAGGAUAAAAGAAAGUGACAGGCCAACAUGGCGCUGAUGUGCUACAACAAAGGCUGCGGACUCAAUUAUGAUGCUGACAAGAACAAGGACGACUCCUGCAUCUUUCAUCCUGGUGUCCCCAUCUUCCACGACGCUCUGAAGGGUUGGUCAUGCUGCAGGAAAAGGACGACAGACUUCUCAGAGUUUCUCUCCAUCAAGGGCUGCACUCGAGGACGCCACAGCAACGAGAAGCCUCAGGAGCCUAAGCCGGAGGUGACGUCGGAUAAGACGGACGUCAAGCAAGCAAACGGCCCCGAGAUCAUCUACCAGGGACCCAAAUCUGCUGAGACGCUUCAGAAGGAGAGACCCAGUUCAGACGAGCUUAAGACCAAACUCCCCCACAAAGUGUCGGCCUCUCUGGAUCAGGUUCUGGAGAAACUUGACAUCAGCAAGAAAGCAGAACAAGUGAAGAAAGAAAGUGAGGUAAUGCAGGGGACCCGCUGCAAGAACCCAGGAUGUAAAACAAUGUAUCAGGGCCCGGAGACAGACAAGGAGAUCUGCACCCACCACCCUGGAGCUCCCGUCUUUCAUGAGGGGUAUAAGUACUGGAGCUGCUGCUGCAUCAAGACAAUAGAUUUUAACGCUUUCCUGGACCAGAAGGGCUGCACCACAGGGAAACAUCGCUGGGUGCCAAAGCAGGACAAGAAGAAGGUGGCGUGUCGAUAUGACUGGCACCAGACAGGAAACAAUGUUGUCAUAACUAUUUAUGCCAAGAACGCACAUCCGGAGUUCACCUGCAUAGAGGCCAACAGGACUGUGCUCUCGUGUCAAAUGCAGUUCGAGGACAACAAGAUUUUCAAGAGAGAGUUCCACUUCUGGGGGGUGAUCAACGUCAAGCAGAGCUCGGUCAACAUGGUCCCGUCCAAAGUAGAGAUCAUCCUCCGCAAAGCUGACCAAGUGGCCUGGGGCAAACUGGAGGACCCAAACUACAAACCUGAACCCGAUCCCGUAGAAAACAACGAAGCCACACAGGCUUACCAGCCCGACUACGACAUUGAGGACGACGACAUCAGCGACUCGGACGAGGAGUGGGCCUACGACCUGCCGCCGAAGAACAAAACGCCAGAGGAGCAGGAGAAGAAGAAAGACGACGAGGCGCAGAAUUUAAAGAGGAAGGAGGUGGAGGAGGAGAUGAAGAAGGCGGCGGAGGAGAGGAGGAAGGCGGAGGAGGAGAGGAAGAAGCUGGAGGAGCAGAGACAGCAGGAGGAAGAGGGAGGAGAUUAUGAAGACAUGCCGGAAUUAGAGUAACUUCCCCCAAAACACCAAGAGUGGAUUUGAUCUCAUUCAGAAGAAAAUAUGUUGAAAUGAGUUUGAUUUUUUUUAAUGAGGCUAAUGAAUUGUUGAUUUUCUGGAAGCCACAGUAUUCCAAAUUUGUAUUUUUGUGCCACAAAUCUAAAUAGAAACAAGAAUUUAAUACUUUAGAGUUUGAGUCAAAUGACAAACCUUGGCAUCCACUUUUAUUCAAGUCUUGAGAAACAACUGGGUGCAACUUCAACACAAGAAAUAAAGACUGAUUUGUAUUUGUUUCUGUCUUAAUGUCUUAAAAACAAAGAGCUUAACAGCAGGAGUUUAAAUGUCUCGAUCAAUGUUUAAAGAAUUAUGCAACGCACGUCCCCCACAUUUCGGUACAAAGACGAAGAUUAAUGAUUCAUUUAAAAGCCUAAUGACUCAUUUGAGUAUUCGCUGGUGUUGCAGGCUGCAGU